AUGGUGCAGGCUUGGUGAGCUGCAAGUGGUGUUCUUGUGCUUGUGUUGGUCAGUUGGUGUAGUUUGCUAGCAGCAGGGCUAGCUUUAGACACUUCCAACACAUCAGCAGCUAUGGCUUUCAAGCUAAACUUUGGUGUGGCCUUCUUCCUGUCUUUAUGGUCGACUGUGGGAUGUGACUUCCUUGUGGAAGGAGUUCUUGAAAUGGAGUGUCACGAUCGUUACUUGGCGAUAGCCUUAGAUCUCUCUGCCACUGGAGCAAAUCCUCGCUUUGAGGCUGUUGACAGAUUUGGUGUCCAUGCCAUCACUGAGGCGUAUGCGGCAAUGUGUGGCUACAGCAUUACUCUUCUCCCUUUCCUGGGCAUGGUGGAGCUCAGAGCGUCAUAUUUCAGCUGUCACAUUGAGAAAGUUGAUGGAUUAGAGUUUAAAUUUAAUCUGAUUACUAACUAUGAUGGAGAAGAGGUCUUUUAUGUACUGAACAAGACCUGUCCUCCCCCUCGGCGAAUGUCUUCUAGAGAGGUUACCUGUGAGGUCAACUACAUGGAAGUAUCCAUGAGGAGUGACCUCUCCUGCCCUUCUGAAAUCAACAGUGACUGGACCGCUUUAAGACCAACACACAGCACCUCAACCUCAGAUUGGCAGGUUAUCUUCCAGAGACUAGAUGAGCAGCUGCCGCCCAUGAAUCUCUCCCAGGCUCGUAAAAAGGGCUACACAUUUGACCUUAUGCAUGACCGAAUUGUGUUUCGUACAUCGUAUGAGAAGCCUGAAUCGUACAGGGUUGAGGUGAGUGAUGUUCCAGUAGAAGUGGUCCAUGCAACACUUUUCUCAAGGAAAAGCUGGAUUGUCCUCAUGGUUGACCUGAUUGCUGCCUGCUCUAUGGAUGAAGGAUCCUACGACAGUGGCUAUGUUUUAUGGAAGACUCCAGAAGCACUGUAUUCCAGUUAUAACAGAACUCAGAUUAGUGUUGGCCUCAAUGGUGAGCUUGUGGAUAAAGAGUCUGCAAUAACACUAGGCUUCAUUGUGGAGACUCAAUCUACAAUCAAAAUUGGCAUCCCUUACAACACUGAGGGUGGAUACAGAAAGAGCUUUGUGGACAAUGGCAUCUUUGAGUUCUACAUGUUCAACCUCUACUUGAAGCAAACAUCAGUAGAUGAACAUUAUGAAGAGACGGCAGUCAGAUUUCAAAGGACUCUUGUUACUCCUCUACUGCCUUGUUCACUUUUCACUGAGGACCAAACCAACCUGAAAGAAGGAAUGUUCACCAUAUACCUCGGAGAUGUCCCAGAAGAUGUUGAGUUGAUUUCUGUCAAGCUCAAUGGCGAAGAAUUUCGAGUGCCAUCUGAUGUAAACGUUUUCUCGAUUGUGGAAACUAUUCAUUCAAAUAAAACCCACAGCUAUACUCUAAAGGUGCCCCUGCACAACCCCAUUAUCAUACAGAAGUUCUCCAAAGAUGCUGGGGCAAUGUUGCACAUACUGGAUGUCAACUACACCCUGGCUGCUGACCCAGAGCAUAAGUUUUACUACCACACGGUGUCUGUCACGACCUUGAUUGAUGUCUCUCCUCCAUCAUUUCAUGCUGUCUGCAACAAAACUGGAAUAAGUUUUCAGUUGAACCACCAGCCUUCAGAUUACCUGUGGAAAUUCGACAUUGGUCCAGACCGGCUAACACCGGCCCUGGCAGCCAAGCAUGGCUACAUUAUGAGCAACAACAGCCAGAGCCUGCUGCUGUUUAUUCCACAACUUGCUCAUGGAUUUAAAUACACGGAUGUUUCACUGAAGGGAUUCCUUGGCACAUUUGAGAUCCUCGUGAAAUCUCUCAACACGUCACAAGUCCGGGCUUCAACAACCAAGACGUGUCCGUUCAAUUCAACAGAGAUGAUUUUGUGUUCAACGAGUGGCUGGAUGACUGUUGUGGUUGACUUGUCUCUGGUUGUCAAAAGCAACUGGAUCGUAAAGGAAACUAGCCUCAUCAAUGAGCUUUGUGUACCCAAAGAAACUGAUGGCAAUAGGGUUCUCUUCUCCUUCCCACUCCAUAGUUGUGGCUCUAAAGUUGAGUUGUCCAGGGGAAAUGUGAUUUAUCAAAACAAGAUUUAUUACAACUCUGGUUCUGCUAAUGCCACCGAAGGGGUGAUGGUGCAAUGUGCAUAUCCACUAGCUGGGCUCCACAGCCUGUUCUCGACUCAUAGAUUUGAGUCUGACAAGGAAGGUGUUGGCAGCAUAAUCCCUUCUAAAAGGCCCACCCAAGAUACACCACGGUCCACUGAAGCCACCACUAGACCUGCAACCACAGUGGCUCUCCAAAAAACCAAAUCUAAAAGCCCUGUCCUGUACCUUUCCUCCUUCUACCCAACUGCUCGCUACAUAAAGGUUCCUAGUGCUCAAAGGGUAGUUGCUAACUUUAAAAAAGGCACCAAAUGAAGCUUGCCAGAUGAGGAUUGUUUGACUACAAAUUUUUAAAAGAAUUGUGUUCAACUUUAAUAAAAACGUUUUUUACUUUA